AUGGCAAUCAUAGCCAUACAAUCGCUAACAACUUUUAAAGAUACUAAUGAAAUGGUUAACUAUAUUAAUAGCAUUAGUGAAAGAUGGGAGGCAAGUGACAAUUUUGUUGGAAAACAAUUGGACGAAAAUAUGUAUAAAACACUAACAAAUUACAGAAACGAUGAAAAUGUGUAUUUCCCGGACGCACCCGAAAUGUCAGUGGAAGGCAUUGAAAUACCCGAAUCAUUUGACGCACGAGAAAAAUGGCCCGAAUGUGCUUCGCUUCGGGAGAUUAGAGAUCAGGGAGAGUGUGGUGCGUGUUGGGCAGUGUCCACAACAUCAGUAAUGUCCGAUCGUAUAUGUAUUGCAUCUAAAGGCAAACUUCAGCCAAUCAUUUCAGCCCAAAAUGUGGUGUCGUGUUGUAACAAAUAUAGCUGUAGAGGUUGUGAUGGUGGUAUGAAUCCCUCGAGUUGGAGCUAUUAUGUCAACGAUGGUAUAGUAACCGGUGGUUUAUACGACAGUCAUAAGGGUUGUCAACCAUUUUCUUUUAAACCGUGUGAACACAAUACAACCGGUCCAUUACCUCAAUGUAGUUUGGCCGGUGUGGACACACCUAAAUGUGUGGAACAAUGCGAAAAAGGCUAUAAUGUUAGUUAUACUCAAGACAAAUGGUUUGGUGAAAAAUGGUACAGUAUUUUCAAUGAUACAAAACGGGUACAAUUGGAAAUUAUGACCAAUGGACCAGUAGUUGUGGGAGGUUAUAUUCUUUAUGAUGACUUUUUGCUUUAUAAAAGUGGUAUUUAUAGCAAUUUGAUAAAAGGUCCCAAUAGAGGACCGCAUGCCAUGAAAAUACUUGGUUGGGGUGUAGAAAAUGGUGUCGACUACUGGUUAGUGGCCAACUCGUGGAACACCCAUUGGGGAGACAAAGGAUUCGUCAAAAUUCUCAAAGGUGUCAAUGAAUGCCAUAUUGACUAUGAAAUCACUACUGCUUUGCCUAAAAUACCAACAUUUUAUUAA